GAUCAAAUACACAAGCGUGCCUUGCAUCUAAGCCUGAGACACACAAAGUUGAUGUGCCAAAAUUUUGAAUUCUGUUAUAGAGUAAACAAAACUCAUAUUUAAAGGUAAUUUAAGAGCUUUCUCACUUUUUUACUACGACACUUUUGAAAUAAUAAAUAUCGAAAUUUGAAAAUAUUUCAAAAUGACAUAAAAAAUGUUAAGGCACAAUAUUGAAGGUUCACUUCAGAGCGCAUCACAAAACAGCUGUCUUUACCCUUUAGCCUUGUUUACUAUAAUGUAAGUGCAUGAUUUAACCAACUAUAUUUCAAGUGAAGUAUAACUUCUCAAUCACUCAGUGAAAGUUUAUGUUAAUAAAACAAAUAUGAAAGCCACUGUUAGUAUCAUGAUUGUUUCAUCGAAGAUUUUAAAUCAGUCUUCAGUAUGUUUGUAGAAAAUGAUAUUGAAAAGGGGAAAAGUAGAAAAUAUGAUGUGCUAUCAUCUUUUGCCUAUUUUUAAGAGCUAUUUAAUGUUCAUUAUAUAUGUGAUGAGUUGUAUCUAUAAACUCUAUUGAGUUCUUUAGACUAGUUAUAAACUUUUUCAUCCACAUAUGAAAAAUCCACCGUUAUGUAAUGGCAGGUUUUUUUGUGAGAAAGCGCCCUCUUUUGACAAAAUUAAUUUUCUUCAAGCAAAAGACACAACAUAAUCAUCACCAAACAAUACUAAUUUUUUAUGUGCUCUAGUAAUAUCCCAAAAUGCUACUUAACUGGCUGAACAAGAUGGUUGUUGUGGUGUCAUUUUAGUCAGUUCUAUAAAGCAGUCUGUUGAAGUUCAAAUAAUUAUAUCAAUUGAUAUAUGAUUAUACAAAUGUAGCUUUCUGGACUUUUUAGAUAUGACUAAAAUCAGGGACAGAAUGAAUGAACUAUAAACUGAAUUUUCAGAACCUCUUAUUAGAAGUCGUAUAAAUAUAGGGCAUAGAUAAAUAGUUAUAAAUUCUUAAAAAACGGUAUUAUCAAGCUUGUAAAUUUUGAAUAAAUGGCGUUUUUGAUAAACAAUAUGGCGGUCGUCAUACUAUCCGCCAUUUAUUUCCUAAAGGCUAACAAAUUUUAACUGUUUCCUUCAAACUGCUUCACAAGAGGAUCUUCAAGUGAAAUUAAAAUACUUAAAUAUAUUAUUAGAAAGCAUGCAUAAAGAUGUUGUAUUAAAAAAACAUUAAUAAAUGGAUGUGUCGUACAUAUACAUAAAUGAACUUCAUUUUCUAAAAAGUACAUAGUGUAGAUGAUACAAAAAAGUACUAUGAGUUUGUCAAAGGAUGAGCAGUUUUACCAAGGUGUUGAAACUUUGUUGGAGGAGUCAAAACGGAGGAAAAUCAUGGAUUUUUCUGUGCAUAUAGACAGAUCAUGUUUUCAACUGAACAUACCAUCUGAAAUUGAUAAACUAAAAUUGUCAAAUGUGUGGAUGAAUGAAAUACGACAAACCUUUACGCCUAAAACAGAAAAUGAAUCUAAAGCAAAUAAUCGUUUUAAUUGCGCAGAAAGAAAUGUAGAAGCUAUGGAUGAGGACAUAGACAUAAUAAUUUCUGAUUCCGAUGAAGGUGGUGAUGCUGAGAAAGAGAAUAAUAAUUCUGGUGGUAAAGACAGCAGUGCAGAUCUUACCGAUGAUGACUGCGUUAUCACAAAAGUUCAAGGUCCCGUAAACACGUCCUACUUAAUGAGUCAACAAUUUGAGGGGAAAAAACUAUCUGCUGAUAAUGUUAACAAAACAUUCCCUAAGAAUUUCUCAAAACAAAUUAUGAAAUUCGUAAACACAAGUGAACAACCACAAUCCAUUCCAACUGAGUGUGUAGACACAACAGAAGAGAUUUCAUCCAAUUCCGUUAUAUAUAGCGAAAAGCUACUGAAAUGUAAUAAUGAUCCGGAUUUUCAAUUGGAUUCGCCAAAAUUUCCAACAAACCCUAUACCAAAUAUUCAAUUAAAAGAUCAUUACGAAGCAUUUGAAUUUUAUGUUAAUGAAAUUUGUAAAUUACCCUCUAUUAAGAAACCAGUGAAAGGGGAUAAAGUGUUUGUAGAGAAUAAGGUUGAUGGUUUCAAGACAUGUUGGAAAGUUGCUGUUAUUGCGGAUGUAAUUAAGAAUAAUGACUCAUUUACAUAUAGUAUAAAGUUUGAAAAUAGAAAUACUCCAGCUAAACGUCAUAAGACGUUAAAAGAGUUAGCCCAUUACUCUGCACCACAAACGCUAUUGCCUAUUGGAACAAGAAUUAUUGCCGUCUUAGAGGAUAAAUUUAAUCGGUGGCAAACUGGUGUAAUAGCUGAAACUGAGAGUAAAAGUUUAAAUGACAAUAGGGUAUUGAUAUUCUUUGAUUACGGUCCUGCACAAUACUGCUAUAGACACGCUGUUCGUCAAGUCUAUCAACAAUCUGAGGAAGUUUGGAAUGACAUUAAAUCCCCUCAAAUGCACGAAUUCAUAAGAGAUUAUAUGGCAAAACAACCAGAUAGAGAAAUGGUCAGUUUAAGAAAGGGUCACGAGAUAUUUGUCGAUUGGAGAACUGAAUGGUUUAAAGCUAGAGUGGAUAAGGUUGACUUUUCAAUGGUUAAAAUAAUAUUUGAUGAUAAUAGAUAUGAGUGGAUUUAUAGAGGAAGUCCAAGACUAAAACCCUUAUAUGACAUGGUGGUAGGAAUAACUAUAAUACCAUUUGAAGAAAACUAAUAAAAUACAAAAUAAUUUUCAAAUUAGAAUAAAAAUCGCACUAAAAAUCAAGAUAAUACUAAAAGGGCUCGUAGAGACCUAACUUCAACUAAGAAUAAUAAAAAUAAACCUUUUGUUAAAUACAAUCAUGAUGCUCAGCGAAAUUCUGUGAGAUUAAGAACUGGUACUGCAAAGAAGAGUACUAAAAGUAAUGAUACAUCAUCAAAUGAGAAAUUUGUUGACCCAAACACAUUAAUACAGAAAGAGCAAGAUUCUUAUGGUGUUCGCAUUGUUGAAAAGUGCCUUGUUAAUACUAAGAGAAGUUUUAAAGGACAGCAUGAAUGUUCCUACUCUUGUAUAAAGGAUUUUGACAAAAAUUUUGAUCCGAGUGUUAGGAAAUUAUUAAGACCUUUAUAUUGCGGUUGGAAAAGACAAUAUGCUGAUCCAAAAUCAGUGUGGAUGAAGAAAAGGGUUGUUUAUUUUUCUCCUUGUGGAAAAAUGAUGAAAAGUUAUAAUCAGAUUGAUAGUUUUUUACUUCAAACCGAUUCAGUAUUAACAGUUGAUCUCUUCUCAUUCGACCCUGACGUAAAUACUCAUGCCACGUUUGAAGUCAAUAGGGCUCUAAUGAAGAAAUAUAAAGAAGACAUAUCGGGAGGUGUGGAAAAGUUGCCCAUUUCAUCAGUUAAUGCAUUCGACGACAAUUCUCCUUUAUAUAUGAAAUAUCGUAUUGAUCGAAAUCCUAUGAAAGGAGUUGAAAUAGUUAAGGAUGAAAACUUUUCCGUUUGCUGCGAUUGUACAGACUUUUGUAGAGAUAAGAGUAAAUGCUCAUGUUGGCAGCUAACCUACGAAUCCGAAGUAAUUACUUCAUCUGGCUAUGUUCAUAAAAAACUUAAUUCAAUUCUUCAAACUGGGGUUUAUGAGUGUAAUAAAAGGUGUAAAUGCAACUUUAAAUGCAAUAAUAAAGUUGUUCAGAAUAAUAUGGAUUAUCGGAUACAACUGUUUAAAACACUCAAUAGGGGUUGGGGAGUUAGAGCCCUGGAAGAUAUACCAAGAGGAGCUUUUGUUUGCCAUUACGUUGGCCAAAUGUUAACCGAUUCCGUUGCCGACAAGGCUGGAAAAGAUCAAGGAGAUGAAUAUUUCUGUGAUCUGGAUUUUAUUGAGCAAGCGGAAAAUAUUAAAGACAAUUACGAAUCUGAAGUUGUUGUGUCUGACGACGAGGCGAUUAUUACUAACGUGGCUAAAAAAACAACAAAAGCCUCAAAGCGAGUGAAAUUUACAGAGGAAUCAAAGAAGAAAACUUUGUCGUCUAAAGAAAAAUCUAGUGGAAAAUCCCGCAAAAAAAGAGAAUUUCGUAUUCGUAAACAUCUCGAUUCGGAAGGUCCUGUUGUUAUGGAUGCUAAAACCGAAGGGAAUAUAGGCCGAUACUUUAAUCAUUCCUGUAAUAGUAAUAUGCAUGUUCAAAACGUUUUCGUUGACACUCAUGAUCCUCGUUACCCUUGGAUAGCAUUUUUCACAAAUAGGAGUAUAACUGCUGGAGAAGAAUUAACCUGGGAUUAUGGGUAUAAAGUUGGUUCCAUACCCGAUAGAAUUGUAUAUUGUAAAUGUGGUGAAGAAGAAUGCCGAGGUCGUUUAUUAUAG